AUGAAUAUUAUUUUUAAGAAUUUGUUACAAAAAACCGCAAAUUCAACAUGUCAUCGAACAUUUAACAGAGGAGUGGCUAAUACACAAGCUCAACGGCAACAUGAACAUCGGACAGUGUCAAAUGAAAUUUCUCAAAUCGAAAAAUCGAAUAUUGGCGAAAAAUCAAUAAAUCCACUUGAUCAUCCAGAUUUUUUUAAUGUUAGAAAUUUAGUAACAUUAGAAGAUUUAUUCAAAAAUCGUGCUCAUUAUGGUCAUGUGACUGGUAUGCGUAAUCCAUGGAUGAACGAUUAUAUCUACGGUCAUCGUUUGAAUACGGAUAUUAUUGAUUUAGAUAAAACAUUACCAAUGUUACAGAAUGCUCUCAAUUUUCUCGCUCAUAUUGCAUAUCGUAAAGGUAUCAUAUUAUUUCUAACUCGUUAUCCUCAACAUAUACCGUUAGUUGAAAAAUAUGCACAAGAAUGUUCUGAGUAUGCUCAUUGUCGCAAUUGGGAAGGACAUUUCACUGAUAUUCAACGUUUAUUUGGCUAUGAUAUUCGUUUGCCCGAUUUAUGUAUAUUUUUACAUACAUUACAUCCAUUAAAUUAUUUACAUCCAGCUGUGAGUGAUUCAAAUAAAAUGUUAAUACCAACAAUUGCUUUAUGUGACACAGACUGUAAUCCAAAUAUUGUCACUUAUCCAAUACCAUCAAAUGAUGAUACACCACAAACUAUAGAAUUUUAUCUCAAAUUAUUUAAACAAGCAACUUUAAACGGAAAAAUAAAACGAAAAGAAAUGGAAGACAAAGGAUUGAUAGAGAAAAUAUAG